UAUAGUUACCAAUAGUGCUUGUUAUUAAGUUUGUUCAAAAUGUGGUUAAAAUUGGUUUUGGUAUCCAUUUUUGGAUUUAGUGGAUCUGUGACAACGUCCUUCGAUCUUCGCGGAGUUCUAGAUGGGAACCGCAUGGCCGGCGUUCCUCUGGGGCUGACCUUAGGCUCUGGCGAGUUGGACGUGCAAGGCAUUUGUACGAAGCCUGGCAUGGCCUGUCAGAACUGCAGCCAGUCUGUGACUUGUGUUCCUCUGCCGGGUGGAUGGCUUAAGGUGCCUUUAGAACAAUGCCAGGAAGGCUUCACCUGCAAUGCUCACUUAGGGAAAUGCUCCAAGGAACCAGUACCUGAAUGUUCCACUGCAGCCCAGAAGUUCGAGCAUAGCUGUGAACAGGUGGGAAUAUUCCCAGAUGCGUACGACUGCAGGAAGUUCCACCUCUGCUCUCCUCCUGAGGGCUUGCCUGACGGUAGACCUGCAGACCACAGGGCUGCUCUGUGCCCGAGACAUUACGCAUAUAACCCUGCCACCGCUCAGUGCUCGAUCCAACUAGAAAACAGUCAAUGCAUCGAAAACCCAGUACCACAAUGCGAGACCGUCGGCCAACACGGCGUCCUAGCUCUAAGUUCCAACCAUUACUACGUAUGUCUUAUCAGAAAUGGCGUCUUACACCCUCAAGUCUUCAUCUGUCCCCACGGCUGGCAUUUCUGGGGAGAAUUCUGUCAACCAGAGCCUGAAAAUGCUCCAAAGGAUGACAAUAAAACUAUUGAAGACGAAAAAGAUGAAGAUAAUGAGGUUACUAAAGUUAAACCUAUCAAAGUCAGUUCGGAAGAAAAAGGAUCCGAAGAGCGAGAUACUGAAAGGACUACAGAAGAAUCUACGACAGCUAAAGCACCAACUAAUUCUUGGAUAGAUAGUUUCUUUUCCACUGAGAAGACGACGACUUAUGCUGCAGACACUUUCUUAGCUGAUAAGAUAGAUCUAGCAAAUUAUGAGACUACUGAUGAUGUAGCUCAAAAUAAUGAUGAAACUGGUUAUGGACUGUCUAUUGAGUAUGACUGGUAAAUUAAGUAUGAUCAAGAUGUUGUAAAUGAGUUAAUUGUUAAGAAGAACUUUGAUUUAGUCAUUUUAGCUGUUUUGAUGUUAUGUUAACUGUAAAAUGUAUGAUAAAAGCUGUGUUUGAAAAAACAUUAUGUAAUUUGAACUGCACUCAAUUUAGUGAUAGUUAAUUUGAUUGAAAAUAAAUAAAAUUUAGAACUGAUGUCCAUUAACAGUG